AUGAGGCUCGUUAAUUCAUUGGCAGUAUUUUUCGCCGCACUCGUUACUGCACAAACUGAUUAUCCUGAGCUGCCAGUACCAUUCUUAGUUACUAGCUCACCCGUCACACCGCUGCCAAAUGGUGCACCUUGGGGGCUGAAAACUGCAAAUAAUACUAAUACUUGUAAUGUGAUAAGAUCAUAUGAUUUUACCAUCAAGCGAGAGAAGAAGUCUCCCGAUGGGUACCAGAAGGAUGUACUCAUCAUCAACGGACAGUUCCCCGGCCCGUUGAUUGAAGCCAAUUGGGGAGAUACCAUUCAGGUCACUGUUCAUAAUGCCAUCGACAGCCCGGAAGAAGGGACUUCUUUGCACUGGCAUGGAAUUCUGCAGAAAAAUUCCCAAUGGAUGGAUGGAGUGCCUGGCGUCCAACAAUGUCCUAUUCCUCCUGGAGGAAGCUUCACAUAUACGUUCUUGGCAGAUCUCUAUGGAACUUCAUGGUAUCACUCGCAUUACUCUGCUCAGUAUGCAGGAGGAGCGGUUGGUCCGAUGAUUAUUCACGGACCUACAACUGUGCCAUAUGAUAUUGAUAAGGGACCAAUCAUCUUGAGUGAUUGGUUUCAUCGUGACUACUUUAGCAUUGUUGAAGACGUUGUCGGCACAGAUAUCAGCAAAGUUGGCCCAACGUCGGAUAACAAUCUCAUUCAAGGUCGGAAUAACUUCAACUGUUCUACUGUUGCAGCAGGAGAUACAACGGCGUGUAAAAGCAAUGCUGGCAUCACGAACUUUCGGUUUUCUCCUGGGAAAGUCCAUCGACUACGUCUCAUCAACGCAGGUGCUGAGGGUAUACAAAAGUUCUCGCUCGAUGGUCACAACAUGACUGUAAUCGCCAAUGAUUUCGUUCCGAUUCAACCAUAUACAACACAGGUCGUCACGUUAGCAGUUGGCCAAAGAGCUGAUGUUCUAAUCACUGGACUCCCAGGAGCUACAGGGGCGUAUACAAUGCGUUCUUCCAUCGCAUCAUUCCCGUGCUCGUUCAGUUCCCAACCGGACGCAACAGCAAUCGUUUACUACACCCACGGCGCUCUCACUGCGGGAGUAUAUAACUCCACAGCCUGGCCUGCAUGGAAGACCUCGGCGAUUGCUCCUAUCUGCGCAAAUGAUGCUCUAACCGACACCGUCCCCUGGUUCCCCAUCACCCCCGAUCCAGCUCCACCCGUGACCCAAGACAUCGACAUCGAAUUCGGCCAAAAUGAAACUGGCCACUGGGUCUGGACCAUGAACGGACAAAGUUUCCGCGCAAACUACAACCAACCCAUCCUCCUCCUCUCCAACGUAGGCAACAACUCCUACCCCAACGAUCCCCAAUGGAACGUCUACAACUUCGGCUCCAACUCCUCCGUCCGCAUCCUCAUCACCAAUCCCGGCUUUCUCGCCCAUCCCAUCCAUCUCCACGGCCACAACAUGUUCGUGCUCGCUGAAGGGACCGGAAGUUGGGAUGGUUCCACAGUCGUUAAUCCCUCGAACCCUCAGCGUCGAGAUGUCCAGCUCGUACAAGCGGGCGGAUACCUGGUCCUUCAAUUAACGGCCGAUAAUCCAGGCGUGUGGCCGCUGCAUUGCCAUAUUGCGUGGCAUGUUAGUGCGGGGUUGUAUGUUAGUGUUAUGGAGCGACCGGACGAUAUUGCGAAGUUGCAGAUUCCGAGUAUUAUGGCGCAGACGUGUAGGGACUGGGCGGCGUUUACGAACUCGACGGUGGUCGAUCAGAUUGAUUCCGGGUUGUAAUGACCACAUGAUGAAAGGUCUAUUGUUUAAUGUCAUUAAGAAAAUCUUAAUUCUUCUCCAGA